AUUUCCUCGACCGGAGACUUCCUAACAACUACUGUAGGGCGACAGCGGACAGCGAUCAGGCUUGGUGCUACACAACAUCAUCAAAAUACAGAUGGCAAAUUUGCUCACUUGGAUCAUGUGGUAAUUUUUUUUAAAAACCCAAGUGUCAAAUUUAUAUAACGGUAUCGAAGUUCUGUAUUUGUUUAAUAGGCCUACACAGUAGGUUCAUCCUAAGUAAGCUCACAGUUGACAGUUGAAAUUAUAAUAAUUAUAAUUAUAACUUAAAUAUUAAAUAACUAGGACUAGAGAGAGCCCGCCAAACAUUGGCGGGGUGAACUUCUCAUCUAGUAAAGUUACUUGACAAAACAUGAACUCAAGUAACGCACAUUUAAGAAUCCCAAUAUUUGCUACACCCCUUCCCCAAUGAUACAGCACUGCACACUUUUUAUUUCACGCCAUCACGCCCAUGAACUAUAUUAAUAUUCUCAUGUUGGUACCACUUUUAAACCAAAUAUUUUUUACAAGUACUUAAAUUGAGAUGAUUUCAUUUCCUAAAAGAAAAUAUUACGCACCAAACACAAUAGUGUUAUUAAAAAUAGAUAUAUCUUUACUAGUCUUUAGCAUAGUUAUGGGGAAUUAUAUUUUGCGUGCUAGUAAAUUCAUUAUUUAACCACCUUCUGGCGUAUGAUAGCCUGCGUGGUGGUGGCGAAUUAUAUAUAUAGAUAAUAAUGAUAUUAUAAGAAUGAAAAUAUCAUAUAUUAAUUGUCAUAAUUAUGAUUGACAUUGGUAAGCCCCAUUUAAUCAAAUGUAUUUAUUUAAUAUGCAAAGUAACAUGUUUUCGUUAAUUUUUAACAUAAUUAUAAGAGUAUGAACACGUGAAAAGUGAACUACGUGAUGUAUUGUCUGUCCUUAAUAGUAAGAGAACUUAUGUUUAUUUUUUAUUUAUUAAUAAACUCUAAAAAAUGAAAUUAACAUUAUAAACAUACAUAUUCUUACACUUACUAUUUAUUUUUAGAGUGUCCUCGAGGGAGGUUCGGCAUUUACUGCAAUAAAGAUUGUCAUUGUAAAGAAACUGAUGAACACUGUAAUGAAGCUACCGGGAAAUGUACAACAGGCUGUGCCAAGGGUUGGUCAGGAAAGGAUUGCCAGGCAGGUAAUUAAUUUUCCUUAAAAAUACAGUAAAAUUACAAUUUGCUGAAGCUGGUUAUCAAAAAUGUGAUGGACACAAACUGCCACUGUCUUUUUAAUAAAAUAUAUUUAGUGUACGCCAUGAUUCGUAUGGUUUGAAGCAUUGGCCGACAAACACUGGAACAACAAACAGGCCCCUUUGGUUUAUAUGGUGUAGAAUAAAGUAACAUAUGUGAAUAACUAUAAGCAAAGAAUGUUGUGUAUUUUAUUAUAUUAUCUUUAUGCAUUAAUAUUGUAAUGAAAAUUUUAUGUUAUCUGAAAAUUAUAUUAUCCGAAUCACCAUCGGCUCAAUUAGUUUUUAUAAUUUAAAAAAAUCAUGUCCAUUGCAAAAAUGUUUGUGUUGAAUAAAUCAGUGAAUCUCAAGCUGUCUUACAUCCAGACCUACCAUCUAGUGAAAUAAUCAUUUUUGCUAGAUCCUACAUAGAUUUGUUGUAAAACAACUUUUUAAUGUCCAAAUACAAUAGACAAAAUGAAUGAGAAAAUAUUCACAUGCACAUUGUAUAUUUUAAUUGUUAGUGUUUUAGUAAUACAAAAAUAAAAAAAGAAAUUUUAAAUUUUGGUAGAAUUUAAAAAAACAAACUAUCUCAUACAAUUAGAAAAAUUUUAUCUAACCGAAAAACUAGAAACAUAAAAGGUCUACAAUUUCUUCUGUUCUGUCCAUUUUAAACUUAUAAUUAGAAUAUAAAAUUGAUAUAAAAUUAACAAAUUAAAAUAAAAAGCCAUGAUUAUAACAUCAUUUGCUUUAAUUUUUGUAAUUAUCAGUUAUUCCCUGUGAACCAAACUUUUAUGGAUGGGAAUGUGAAAAAAAAUGUCAGUGUGAAAAUUCAAGCCAUUGUCAGCGUUUUCUGGGGCCAACCUCCAAGUGUGUGUGUAAGAAAGGAAUAAGUGAUCAAUAUCCUUGUGGGCUAUGUAAGUAUUUCAUCUUUAUUUCUCCCUUAAAUUUAAAAACAAUUUUUUAAUGACUUGUACGUUUUCUCUCCUGCAUACUUGGGGGAAAAAAUCCAAACUGCAUGUAAUUUGAGUCAGAAAACUAUGUUUUCCAUUAUUCUUGCUAAUUGUUGUUUUUUAUGGGGAAUUCAAAGCAAAAAUUAUGGCCUUAUAAUUUGUUAAAGCAAUAUAUUCUUAAAUUAGAAUAAGAAAUAAUAAACCUGCAUCUUUAAUUUUUCUUUUCUUUUUAAAAUCAGUAGGUUUCUUUAGAGAUAUAUUUUUAAAAAAUUUUAAAACACAAAUUUCAUAAUUAUUUUUUUCAUUUAAAGGGAACAACUCUGCUAUUCUCUAUCUUGGCAACAACAGAGUCUCCCCUGGUCAAGCCUCUGUUUUUACCUGCACUGUUCAGUCUACACCACCUCCAAAAGAUAAUGAAAUUCAACUUCUUGGACCUCAAGGGAAGAACAUAACUUCAAUUUCAUCAAGAAUUCUUGUAUCAUCUGCAUCAACAAGAACAAAACUUUUUUAUGUAGGUUUUAAAAAUGAAUAUACAUAGGAGUAUGUUUUUAGCACAUGUCUUAUAACAGCAUAAAUUCUUAUCAAAACAUAUUAACAAGGAACAUUAUAAACAUGAAAUCAAACACACUUUAACAUUUAAGCAAAGUCAUAUUAAUUGUUAUCAUCAUUUAAAAUGGUUUUUCAAGCUUAAAGCAGAAAAAGAAGAUGAUGGAGCUAAAAUUUCAAAAAAAUAACAUCAACAAUAAUUUGGACAAAUUCUUCUACCAUACAUAGACUUAUGAAUAAAAAGAAAGAAAAAAUUAAAGGAAGAAAUAAAUAGUUUAAAGCCUCUCCAAAAUUAUAAUUUACAAUGUUUAGUCAAUCAUGUCUGCCACAAAAAAAAUUGAAAAGAAAAGUACAGCAUCAAAUGAAACAUCUGUUUAAUUAAAUUUAAUGGAACUUUAUUAUACAUUUUAAGGUUAAUAGUGUUCAUGAAAAUGAACAGUACACAUGCUUCGCUAUGACAGCAGCAAGUACUGAAAGUUUGACUGCAGUUGCCGAUGUUUUUUGUAAGUAAUUGCAUUUUUAACUAAAGUAAUGUUAAAAGAAAACAAAACUCCAUCUAAUUUCUUUUUGGAAAGGGCAUUCAGUACUCAUAGAUAUCGAAAAGGUUUUUUAAAUUUAUUAAUUUUUCUUUAUGCAUUUAAAAUUAAAUUUUAAAAAAUCUCAACUAUGUUGUAAAAAAUGCUCCUUUUAAGAACAUUAGACAGUUAACAAAAUGUUAAUUAAAAUACAUAUUGUAUAAAUCAAAUUAUAAUAAUAUUUUUACAACAAAAUCUUUUCUAACCUAUUAGUUUUUUUAUGAUAUUAAUUUUAAUGUCGACUUUUUGGAAUAAAUUUGCAACUUAUGCCUAUAUUUCGAAAUGCUUUUAAAAGCAUUUCAGCUGCAAAGUUAUUUUUUGGAAACUGCAUCAAAAUAUUUAAAUAUUUUACAUUUCAACUGUCUAACUGAAUUAGUUAUUUUACUCAUAUGUUAUUUACCUUUUGAAAAGAAAUAAGCUAUCCUUAUCAUUAAUUUGUUUUUCUUGUUAAAAGGACUACCUUGUUGAUUUCACAAAUUUUAUAAAACUCAACUUAUUAAUUCCCUUCCCCCAACCUCUUCCCAAAGCUUUUCCUGAAUUUCCAAAUGAAAUUUUCAUAUCUAAUGUCAACAAUGAGCAUAUCACAAUUUCCUGGAAAACCAAGAAACUUCAUGAUCAGAAUCAAAAGUUUCAAGUCAUGAUGUACAAUGUAACUAGGAAUUCAACAAAUACUGAUGCAAGUGAUGGCUUUGUUCUUGGUGAAGUUGAAAAUCCAGACACAGAAACAUUUACCUACAAAAUCAAUGGACUGACUAACAUGAAUGAUCAUUUUUUUACUCUAGUCACAUCUAAUGAUAAUGGAAAAGUAGAAUGUAAAAAUACAAGGACAGCUUUUGUAACUGCUGGUAAGUAACUACACUAAUUAAACGCUAAAUUUUUAAAACAUUUUUUUGUAUUAUAAUAUCUCAUAAAUUUUAAAAAAAAAUAAACUAAUGUACUUUGUAUUAGCUAGGAAGCAGGGGUCCCACUAGAGUAAUAUAGGGCCUACCCUUUAAAAAAAAUGUAAAAAUGUUUUAAAUAACUUAUAUUAAUAGCAAUACAACUACUUUUGUGUCUCUAUAUAUUUUAUGUAUGACAAUGUAAAAAUAAAAAUAAACAUAUCUUACAUUUUUUUCUUUCAGAUGUGAAAAUCAUUGUUUUGUCUUUACAGAAUAUAGUAAUAAUAACAAUAUGUCCUACAUUGUUGGUUUUAAUCAUACUUGGAUUUAUAAUCUAUAGAAAACUAG